GAUGGUAGAUUAACAGCAGAGUAAACUUUCAGUUUGCUUUUACUUUGUUGUCAGAAACGGUUUCAAAGUGUUCAGAGGAAAUCAUUUUGCAAAGACUUGGUGUUUUUAUAUUUAAGAAGAUGAAGCUUUUCACUGUGUUUUUGAUACUUCUUUACGGAGAAUAUGCUGAUGGGGAGGAAACAGUUGUGCUACCAUGCCACAUAGAUGCUUUACCAGAUGUAAACCCCACAGUGAUCUGGAGCCGCAAAGAUCUCAAACCACAAACUAUCCAUCUGCGGAGAGAAAAAGAUGAUCUUCGUGGACAAAAUGAAGACUUCAUUGGACGAACAUCAAUGAAAUCUGAUGCUUUAGACUCUGGUGACUUCAGCCUCACUCUGACAAAACCUGAUUUCUCUGACAGUGGUAUUUACACCUGCAGUAUCAGUAAUGGCAGAGAGGAAUUAAGACUGAUGGAUGUUCAACUGGAGGUCAAAGAUCCACAGGUGGAGGUAAAGGUGCAGGAGGGAGAAGAGUCUGGAGUUCUGCCCUGUAAAACAACAGCUCAUGUGGAGGAGGAUGACACUGUGGAGUGGACCCGUACUGAACCAGAAUUCAUGAUUAUCCAUGUGUAUCAGAAUGGCAGCAACAAAGCUAAAGAACAAUACCAGUUUUCUAGUGACCGUACAAUAAUGAAUAAAGAGCAAGUAAAAAGUGGAGACCUCAGUCUGACCCUCAAAUACCCCACAGAGAGAGAUAGUGGAGUCUACAUCUGCACCUUCUACAGAAAAAGUGGCAUCGUCAGACAGAAAGUGAUUCUUCAUCUUGUCAAAGAGAUUUUUCCAACUUGGGCCAGAAUUUUCCUGGUUCUGUUGGUUCUACUUCUUGUUUCUGGAGGCCUUUUAUUUCAUUUCCGACAUUAUUUCAUAUCAGUCUACAGGGUGGAGGUGGAUUCAGGAGAGGAGUCUGUUCUGCUGCCAUUUAAAACUGCAGCCCGUCUGCCUAAAGAAGUCAGAGUAACAUGGAGACACAACACUGGCAGGAUGGUCCAUGCAUGUUACAGGAAGGUCUUUAUGUGUUCUGUGGAUUUCAAGAGCUGGUCUGUUCAACACGAUCAAUAUAAAAACAGAACAAAGAUUGUGAAAGAAGAUAAAUUUGGAGAUUUCAGUUUGAUCCUGAAGAAUCCAACAAAGAGAGACACAGGAACCUACAGCUGCACCGUUUACAAAUAUGGGUCAGAAAUAAUCCUGACCAUGAAACAUGUGCUGCUUGAUGUCAAAGCUGGACCUGACUCUCUCAUCAUAGCCAUAGACUUUGGUUCAGGAUUCAGUGGCUACGCCUUCAAUGUUAAACCCAGACAGGAAGGAGGUGAGACUCAGAUAAAGAGAUGGAGUAAUGGACUUGGACUAGACACCCCAAAGACUCCAACCUGCAUCCUGUUUGAUGAACAUGGAGAAUUUAUGAAGUUUGGUUAUGAAGCUAAAACAACAUUUAAUAAUAUGAGAGGAGAAGAAACUAAGAAACAUUAUUUCUUUGAAAACUUCAAGAGGAAUGUCCUUAACACGGACGACUGGAGGGAGAGAAUCGACACAGACAACAGGAAGUCAAUGUCGACCCUGAAGGUUUUUACUGAAGUUCUGAGAUUCCUGAAGGACGAUGCUCUGAAAACCAUCAGAUCUCAACCAGAAGGUGGAAAGUUCACAGCUGAUAACUUCACCUGGGUGCUGACUGUUCCUGACAUCUUGAAGGAUUCCACUAAGGAGCUCAUAAUAAAAUCUGCAACUCAGGCUGGUCUUGUAACAGACAACACUAAAGACAAACUGAUGUUUGUUUUGGAGUCAGAAGCAGCUUUGACCUGGUGUUUGAAGCUUCAAUCUGAAGGUUUCAUCACACAGAACCACAGCAGAGACUCACAGGAUCAAUCUGCAGGAGCAGCAGAACCUGAUACCAGCUGUAACGGACAAAUGUAAUAUAUGAAUGGAUUCUUUAGGUGAUCUGUUUGGACUAAUUGUUUGGAAUCAAGUCAUGUAAAAGUAUUUAUUACAUUUUUAUUCCUAAAUGUUUCACCCAUCUUUAAAACCAACCUGAGAAAUAAUAAUUUCCUCCUCAAUCUAAUAACUGAUUGUUUCAAUCUUGACCCAGAAUCUGGGAAUAAAUCUUUUAAAUCACUGAGGGGGAAUUUUGCUUCACUCUUUUGAAUAAUUUUAAUCCAGCCACAUUGGAGAGUUUUCCAGUAUUAGUUCAUAUUUGAGGCGAUGUCUCAGCAUCUUAAACAGAUUUUUAACCAAUCAGGGCCAGACUUCCUGGUUUCCUUCAGCUUUUCAUCAGACCUCUUGUGGACCGGGCCUUCAUGAAACUAGUUUCUGGUCUUAAACUUUCCCAUGAAGGUCAGUUUUACCAAGUCUGUCUCUUUUUCUCAUUGUUUAAUUAUCAGCUGCUUUUGGUUUUCCAAAAACCAGAAUGAAGGUCACAGGAGUUUGGGUUUUUUCGGCUGUGGCUCCUAAACUUUGACCUUUGGACAUCUGCUGUCGUUUAAGUUAUACAAAUAAAUUUGACAUUGACUUGAACUCUGACCUUGACUGAGGCAGUGAGGCCUGCAGACCUUUAGAUAUUUCUGGUUUCUUCUUCUUUGAGUCGUUGAUGUUGGAGUCAUUUUGGUUGGUCAGUUUCUCCUGUGAAGGUUCAUCACUGUUCACUGUUUUCUCUAUUUAUGAAUAAUAACUUUCACUUUGUUCACUGAGGCUCUACCACCUUAGAAAUGACUUUCUAACUUUAUUUAAUUUCACUUUGGAGUCAAAAGAGUAUUUUUGAAUUUGAACUUCUAGACUGAUCUCAAUAACUUGGUUUCUCAUUUGUUCUUUACUUUAUUUAGAAUAAACUAUGACAUCGCCUACUUCAUGUUGUUAGGCAGGUUCUGUUUACCUGAUUUCUUGAUUCUGAUGGUUUAACAGUAAUCAGAUCUGGGUUUAGAACUGAAAUUGAAUUUAAAAAUGUGGCUGAAUGGUUAAUUAGAAUUUAGUCUCAAACAUGAUGCUGGAUAAAAGUUAGAAAACUGAUGAUUUGAUCAGAAAAUCAAAAGAAACAGGAAACAACAGUUAAGUUUAAGUUUUCUACACAAACUCAUAGAUGUUCUCUCAUUGAUAUCAUUUAAAAUAACAAUCUGGUUAUGUUUUAAAUAACAUAACCAGAUUGUUUUUAACAGCAUAGUUAAAUAACACCAGGUUGUUAAAUACCCAAUAAAUGUUUAAAUAUUUUAUUGGUUUGUUAAAAUACUUUUAAGGCUUUUUAAUUCUCAAUGUCUUCAUGUAAAACCAGCAGAGCUGUUGUUUCAGAUAACCUAUCUGUCAUGAAGUGCGGGGUGUGGUGGUGAGGCAGACACUGUAGACCCAGGUACGGAGUAAAAAUGGUGGUUUUAAUGCACAGAGUUACAAACAAAAAUCCAACACAGUCCAAAAACUGAGGCAGCACUACUGAGCGGAAUCCAGGGCUCAACGCAGGUAGCAACAAGGCAUACAAAUGGACUAGACGCCAACACACGACUGAACAGACGCCAAAAUGAGACGAGGACCCGACCAAGACACAGACAUACAGGUGACACUAAAUGCACAGGCGGUAAUUAGGGAACGAGAAA